CGUCCUCCAUCGCGCCCUCCUCGUACGCGCUGGUGGCAGUAGCUAGAGCGACCUCUCGGGGAGUAGUAGCUAGGGCGGCGGCGGCCAUGGGGAAGGGUAGCGGGGGCGCGUGGUGGGCGCUGCUCCUCGUCGCCGGGGUGCUGGUCGUCGCCGCGGCGGCGACGGCCGGCGCGGAGAAGGACGUGGCUGCGGCGGAGGUGGCGGCGGCGGUCGACCGGGACCCGAAGGAGGACCUGCGGUGGUGCAGGAAGGGGUGCCGGUGGCAGUACGGGCAGGACGCGCGGCGGCGGGCGGAGUGCGAGCGCGAGUGCCGGGAGCGGCACCGCCAAGGCGAGCGGGAGGAGGACGAGGACGAGGACGCGGGCGCGCUCGCCUCCGGGAGGGGCGAGUGCCGGCGCAAGUGCGCGAGCCGCUACGAGGACCAGCCGUGGCGGGUGCCCGAGUGCGUGAGCCGGUGCCGCCGCCGCGGCGCCGCGGGGGAGGAUGAGGAGGAGAAGGAGGGAGGGCGCGAGUGCCGGGAGCGGUGCGAGCGCCGCCACGCCGGGGACUGGCGGGAGAAGCAGCGCUGCCUCAUGGAGUGCCGCCGCCGGGAGCAGGGGGCCGCCGAGGACGACAGCGACCGGUGCCCCUGCAGCUGCAGGACGCAGUGCGAGCGCCACCAGGAUCAGGGUAGCAGGCGGCGCUGCGUCGAGGCCUGCGAGCGCCGCCGGGAGCAGGAGGGGGAGGACGGCAACCGGUGCGCCUGCAGCUGCAGGACGCAGUGCGAGCGCCACAGCGACCAGGGCAGCAGGCGGCGCUGCGUCGAGGCGUGCGAGCGCCGGGAGCAGGAGGAGGGCAGCGGCGGCAGCGGCUCCGACGAGGACAGCAGCCGCGGGGACCGGUGCCAGAAGAAGUGCCAGCGCUACAGCGACUGGCCAGCGAGGCUCCGGUGCAUGGAGAAGUGCCAGCGCGAGGAGCGGCAGGAGGAGGGCCGCGGCGACGCCGACGAGCAGGACAGCUACUGCACCGACCGCUGCGAGGAGAGGUGCCAGCACCACGGCGGCCGGGAGACGCAGAGGCGGUGCGUGCGCCGGUGCGAGCGCGAGGAGGGAUGCCGCCGCCGCGACGCCGUCGCCGUCGCCGACGAGGAGGAGGGCAACGACGACCGCAGCUGCAGGCAGCAGUGCCAGCACCAUCGCGACUACGACAGGAGGCAGCAGUGCAUGCGCGAGUGCCGCCGCCGCGACGGCGCCGACGAGCAGCAGGAAGACAGCUACUGCAGCGACCGGUGCGAGAUGAGGUGCCAGCAGCACCAGGGCGACCGGGAGAGGCGGCGGCGGUGCGUGCGCCGGUGCGAGCGCGAGGAGGGCUGCAGCCGCCGCCGCGACGCCGCCGUCGCCGACAAGGAGCAGGACAACGACGACCGCAGCUGCAGGCAGCAGUGCCAGCACCACCGCGACUACGACAGCAAGCAGCGGUGCAUGCGCGAGUGCCGCGGCCGCCACGGCGGCGGCGGCGGCGGCAGCUGGGAGACGGUGGCCGGCGCCGUCCUCCAGGUGGUGUGACGCGCAUGGCGUGGUGCGCAGCGAAUAAAAUAAAGGGCGCACGACACGUGUCACGGCGCCGGCCGCACACGUGGCCGGCCUGCAGGUAGGUGGACCCUACACGUCGACCGAGUACUACCGCUCCUCGCCCGUAUACACACCUGUGUAUGCGCACGCGUAGAUGUUACGUCACCCGUACGUGGAGGCGUAGAGGAAUAAAGAGCGGUGGAUGCAUACGUGGCGACGGCUGUACGACGAGAGAGCUGUCGUGUACCGUAUGUGAUGAUGUAAAUACGUGGAUGCGUGUGGGACCUGCUAUCUGGUGACACUGUUUGCCUUAAGUUUGCUUCUUGAGCUCCUGGUUGAGAGGCUAUGUAAGUGAGAUGUGUGUUGUUAAAUAAAGCGACAACGUUUGCAAAAAAAAAAA